AUGAAGUUCCUUACGGCUGUCGCCUCACUGGCUGUCUCAGUUGUCGCUGUCCCAACCCCCACCGAGGAUGGCCCUCUUGAUGCCCGAACGAUCCAGAAGAGAGCGACCAUCACAGAUGCCUGCAAUAUCGGCUACUGCACACAGAAUGGCGGAACGAUUGGUGGUGCUGGGGGGACGACGACCACCGUCUCAGAUCUCGCUGCUUUCACAGCUGCCGCACAAUCCGACGACGCCACAGUCGUCGUCGUAAAAGGUGCCAUCACUGGUGCGGCCAAGGUCCGAGUCACCUCGAACAAGUCCAUCAUCGGUCUUGCCGGCUCCAGCAUCACCGGUGUCGGUCUCACCGUCAAUGAGAGGUCGAACGUUAUCCUCCGCAACCUGAAGAUCUCAGAAGUCCUUGCCGAGUACGGUGAUGCUAUCACCAUCCAAGCCUCCACCAACGUCUGGGUGGACCAUUGCGAUCUGUCAAGCAACCUGGACCAUGACAAGGACUACUACGACGGCCUCUGCGAUGUGACCCACGCGGCGGACUGGGUCACCAUUUCCAACACCUACUUCCAUGACCACUGGAAGGCAUCCCUAGUCGGCCACUCAGACAGCAACGCCGACGAGGACACGGGCCACCUGAUCGUGACGUUCGCCAACAACCACUGGUACAACAUCAACAGCCGCGGGCCGUCGUACCGGUUCGGCACCGGCCACAUCUACAACUCGUACUACGACGGCAUGAUCGACAGCGGCAUCAACACGCGCAUGGGCGCCCAGCUCCUGGUCGAGAGCAGCGUCUUCGAGGACUCGGCCACCAAGGCCAUCUUCAGCGACGACAGCGACGAGACCGGCUACGCCGUGAUCGACGACGUCGACCUUGGCGGCAGCACGAACACGGCGCCCGCGGGUACCCUGACCUCGGUGCCGUACAGCUACACGCUGCUGGGCUCGGGCAGCGUCAAGAGCUCGGUUGUCGCCAGUGCUGGGCAGACGCUGACCUUCUAA